AUGCUCCGUGCCAAAGCUAAGAGGAGUGUCGGAUUUCGAGGAAAUAUCCGACAUGAUACGCCGAUGAUUGCCCAAAACAAAAAGGUGCCGGAAAAACCUGUCAUGGGGCAGCGUGACAUCGUUAUUGUUAUCCAAUGCCGGUCCCCGGGGUACCAGACCCCAAGCUGCUUGGAGCUAGCAACUGCGGUGGAUAAGAAUCAGGUGAAACAACUUGUGAGUGAUUGGAAAUUGAGUCCCUCUGUGGACCUGCAGGAACCCCCAUCUCCGCUGCAGCUGUCAGAAGAGCUAUGGGCGAUGGAUGAGGGUCCGCAGGUUGGGAAACUCGGAGCCUCUGGCGGAGGUCCUCUGACUCGCGCUCUAAGUCAGAAAUCCGUCUAA